AUGACUCUUUACCGCGCAGGAAGUACGUUUACCGGGGAAUUAUUCAAUCGGAACAAGGACAUUUUCUAUCAUUUUGAACCCUUCACACUUUUUGAAUACGACUGGACAGGAAAAAUGAACAAAACCAUUGAAGAAAAACGGUUUCAGCUUCUGGAAAGUAUUUUCGUCGAUUGUAAACUUCCGCUCUUCUCUGACUGGAAGGACUACGCUGAAAACUCAACUACAGUCAAAAACGUCUGUCAGACAGAGGACACUUGUUUUUGGUUCAAUUCUCGCCGUUUUUGCGCUCCUCCUUUUUGCUCAAAGACGUACGAAGAUCAUAUUUGCCGAAAGCCUUGUUUUCCCGGGCCAGCAAAAAAAGCCGAUCUUGCGGAGAAAAUAUGCAUAAACGAAACAAAAGCGACAGCGGCGAAAAUCAUCAGAGUCCUAGAUGUUCAACAAUUUGUCGAUUUUUUCAAUCGGCUUGAUGGCAAAAUCGAAGGAAAGAUCGUCCUUCUCGCAAGAGAUCCUCGAGCAAUGCUAGAAUCGAGAAAGAAACUGACUUGGCCAGCGAGUUACUGGGGUACCCAUGAGCAGCAGUUUUUCGAUCAGCUGGAAGUCGAGUGCGCGAAAUUCGCGGCAAACAAGAAAAAUGAGUCAAAAUGGAAAGAGAUGGUGAAAAUAAUUAGAUAUGAAGAUAUCGCGAUGGACCCAAUUGCGGUUUCGAAAGAAACUUAUGAGUUUCUGGACAUGGAGAUUUCAGAAGAUGUUCAUGAGUAUUUGAAAGCGGCGACAGAGAAGGAUGACAGUACAAAGUAUUCAAAAGAUAAUGAAUUUUUAAAAGCUUAUUCGACCAAGCGCAACUCAAAAGAAAACCUUCAAAAAUGGAGAAAAACCGCGGCUUGGGAUCGAGUUCAAAAAGUACAAAAAAUAUGCGAAGAGUACAUGGCAGUGUUUGGCUACAAAAUCUUCAGAAACCAAGAAGAGCUUAAAAACGAAAAGAUUAAUUAUUUUUAA